AUGUCAAACAAAGAUAAUAAAGAUAAUAAAGAUAAUAAAGAAAAGAAACACCCAAUGUUGGAUCCAACUUUAUGUAAAGAAUUAAAAGAAAGACAUGAUGCAUGUUUUAAUAAAUGGUAUACAACUGCAUUUUUAAAAGGAAAUGCGACAAUGGAAUGUGUUGAAGAAUGGGAAGAAUAUCAAGUUUGCAUUAAGAUCAAAAUUGUGCAAAAAAAAAAAAAAUUUACACCACAUAAUUAUUAA